AUGGGGGUGGGAAGGUCGGCUGAAGGCCCUUGCCUCGGCACGCGAGUAGUUACGCCCGACGGUCGCAAGGGGGAUUAUGUGUGGAAGACGUACAGAGAAGUGGAGCGUCUGGCGCUAGAAGCGGGAAGCGGCCUUUUGAAUGGAGACUUCGUCCCUCUACGCCGCUUUGAGGAGCCGGACGGGAAGUCAAUUUCGAUGAGAUGUAUAGGCAUCUUCGCGAGAAACAGGGAGGAAUGGGUUAUCACAGAGCAUGCAUCCAAUGCGUACGGCGUGACGGUGGUGCCGUUGUAUGAUACCUUGGGGCCCCAUAGCACUCGCUUUAUCUUGGGGGAGACGCAGAUGAAGACAGUUGUUGCUGACGGGGAUUGCCUGGGGAAGCUACUUGAUGCCUUAGAACAGAAGCAGCAGCACGGGGAGGGGCAGAAGCAACAAGAGCAGCAGCAGGACGAACAGCAGAAGGAACGGGAGGAGCCGCAGCACGAUAUUGUUUUGGAGGGAGAGCCAACAUGGUGCCUCUCUCUGACGAAUUGCAGCCGACGCUGGAGUCCCUCCACACUAUUUGCUACACCUCAGGCAAGUGAACCCCACGGAACGACUGGCAGCCCGAAAGGUGUGAUGAUGUCUCACGGGAAUUUCGUGGCGGCUGUCGCUACAGCUGUGGAAGGCCCUCUUUCGGAGUUUGGCCUCCAUUUGGACUCUUCCGACUGCCUCAUUUCUUAUUUGCCUUUGGCCCACGUCUACGAGCGCUUCUGUGAGAAUCUCUUCUUCAGCUACGGUGGCAGAGUUGGCUUCUAUUCGGGAGACACACACAAACUGCUCGAUGACGUGCAGACGUUAAAGCCGACGGUCUUUUGUAGUGUUCCCCGUCUAUUCCAGCGCAUAGAGGAAAGAGUGACGAACAGUCUUCAGGGCAAAUCUUUCUUGGCUCGUUCGCUCUUUCAGCAGGCGUUGGCGGCAAAAAUUCGACGCCUGCGCAGUUCAGGGGUUCCGCAGCAUCCUGUGUGGGACAAAGUUGUCUUCGACAAAUUUAAAAAUCUUAUGGGAGGCCGCGUGCGCAUUAUGUUAACGGGGUCUGCUCCUCUCGAUCCCCAGACCUUGGAACGCAUGCGCGCCUUUUUCUGCUGUUGGAUUGUUGAGGGUUACGGCAUGACGGAGACGAUGGGCGCUUCCUUUCUUACGUGGAAUGUAUACGACAACAACCCGGGACAAGUUGGGGGGGUGUUGCCGUCUUUAGAGUUUUGCCUGCUGGAUGUAAGCGAGACCAUGAACAAAUACUCGAUCCGCGAUUCGAUCCCCAAGGGAGAACUAUGCGUGAGAGGCUCUACUGUCUUCGCGGGGUACUUCCGAAAUAAAAAGGAGACAGAAAAUGCCAUUGACAAAGACGGCUGGCUUCAUACAGGAGACAUUGCUGCGUUGUUGCCCAAUGGAGGUGUGCAAAUCAUAGACAGAAAGAAGAAUAUAUUUAAGCUCGCGCAGGGCGAAUACGUCGCACCUGAGAAAAUCGAGGCGGUGUACAUGCACAGCCGAUUUGUUUCGCAGUGCUUUGUUUUCGGGUUUUCAUCGGAGACAUCGCUGGUGGCUGUGGUGGUGGCCGACCCCGACCAGACACUACAGUGGCUGCGGGAGACGCGGGGCACUGCAACAGCAUCGAGCCGUACUCUCGCGGAGUGGCUGGAGGAUCCGGGAGACGCGGGGCACUGCAACAGCAUCGAGCCGUACUCUCGCGGAGUGGCUGGAGGAUCCGGAUGUGCAGCGGGCCAUACAAGAAGACAUGCAACAGGUGGCCAAGAAGCAGGGCUUGAAGGGCUUCGAACUAGCACGAAAGGUUUACUUCCGUACUGA